AUGAUGGACAGCAGGAUACUGGAUCCACCUCACGCCCAGUUCGGAGGCUCUCUCGGCGGGAUGGUAGGCUUCCCGUACCAUCUGAGCCACCAUCACGUUUACGAAUUAGCCGGGCAUCAACUUCAAUCUGCGUCCGCGGUCCCUUUCUCAAUAGACGGAUUACUCAAUGGUUCGUGCACGGCUUCGGUGGGUAAUUCCAACCCCCUCUUGUCUUCAGGCUGCGGGAUGAAUGGAGAUAACCAGCACUACAAACUGACAGACUCGGGGGACCCAGACAAAGAUAGUCCUGGUUGCAAGAGACGGAGAACUCGCACUAAUUUCACUGGUUGGCAGCUGGAGGAAUUAGAAAAGGCUUUUAAUGAGAGCCACUAUCCCGACGUGUUCAUGAGGGAGGCUCUGGCUCUGCGGCUUGACCUCAUAGAAUCCAGGGUUCAGGUGUGGUUUCAGAAUCGCAGAGCAAAGUGGAGGAAAAAGGAGAACACAAAGAAAGGUCCGGGUCGACCUGCCCACAACGCCCACCCCACCACGUGCAGCGGGGAGCCCAUGGACCCGGAGGAGAUCGCGCGCAGGGAGCUGGACCGGCUGGAGAAGAAGAAACGCAAGCAGGAGCGCCGGCUCCUCAAGGCCCAGAACAAGCUGUUGUCUGGGGAUUUAUUUCACACCCCGGGCUCGGACAGCGACAGCGGGGUGUCGCACGUCACCGACAGUGACCACACCACGGGCCCGCCUUUUGACUCUGUGGGGGGACCAAACCAAACGCAACCAAGCUGCGACAAAACACACCACCCUCUCCAGACACAGAACCACAACCAAAGACACUUGGAGCAGGACGCUGCUGGCGGAUCCGAGCUGGACUCGGCUGAUGCCAGCCACCGCUCCAGCCUGUGCUCCACCAACAGCAGGGCCUCCGGGGUGCAGAAACUCAACCCCUUUAGCGUGGAGAGCCUCCUCUCGGACGCACGUCCGAGACGCAACCCCGCGGCCUUACCCUCCUCUCGGCCUUUGAUAGGGAAGGGACACUUCCUUCUUUAUCCCAUCACACAGCCGCUUGGAUUCAUUGUUCCUCAGACUGCUCUGAAGACAACAACCACAACAACAAACAGUGACAGUGACCCCCCAGCGGAGAGAAACCAGUCGAGUGCGCGCUGCGCAAUCUCUGCGGGAUGUAGGAGCAGCUCGCCGGAGUCUGCAGACGCAGCGCAGAGGGGACAGGUGGGCUCUGAGGACAAGACGCGUUCAUCAUCAUCUUCAUCAUCUUCACCACACAGCAGCCCGUCCACGCCAGCCUUCCCCACUGGCAAAAGUACUCACACCUCUGUUAUUUGCAGCGACUCCACUUUCGCCCUGCACGAACACUCCAGUCCGCCUGUCGAUGCAGACAGAAACGAUCACAUAGAGAACCAGGAGCACCCUGACCCCGAGACUGUCCUUAGUGACAGUCCUGCUGAGACAAAGACAGACUCUAAAGAAGACGUGGAAUAA